GAUUACUGCGCAUGAGUGACACACUGUGCUCUUCAUUAAGAUCAACUGAAGGUGUACCCGGGGGUCCGGGUGAAGAUCACGGUCAAGGAGUUGCUGCGGAGGCACAGAGAGAAGGAGGCCGACAACAAGAAGCUUAAUGCGCAGAUACAUCAGGGUUGCUUGGAACUACAGGAGCUUCGCGCGUCCACUUUCCAAAGUGGCCACGUGGCUCCUCCUCCCUCUGUCCCCCCAGCUGAAGCCAGCAGCUGCGGGUCGCUGGCCCUCCAGCUUCGAGCCACCAUCUCGUUCCCAGUCCCUGAAAGCGCGUGCAACAUCCAGGUGCAGGAGUGCGGCAUCCAGGUGCAGCAGCAGCAGCAGCAGCAGUUUGGGGAUGUGAUGUUGCCCGGCAACGGAUACGGUGGUACCACCUACGACACCCCUCUGCCUCCUUUUCCAACCUCCCCUCAGCCUUGGUACCACGGACUGUCCUCAGAUGCGGACUACUACGGCCAGGGGAUGGCCCCUUGCUCCUCAUUGGAGUCACUGACUUUCUGCAACCCUGUGGAUCCCAACACUUAUUCCCCACAGGACUCCUUCUCUUCCUCCUCCUCCUCCUCGUGCUAUGACUCGCCCACCAGAAUGGAGUCAAGCUUCAGCCCACAGCAAUACCACUAUCAGCACUGUGGCCCCCAGGAAUAUUACAGCUUGCCACAGUGCUGGUCAGGCCAGCAGGAGAGCCCCCCCACCCCAGAAUGUGCACCUUACUUUGCUCCCACAGACUAUCCCCAGGUGUAUCCUGUAGAAGACAGCUGUUUCCAGAAGGAUCUCCCGCUGAGCUCUGAGAUGUGCUACAACGCUUUAUGAUGAGAGCGUGAACAGUAUUACUUUGUAUCCUGUAAAUACGAUUUGGCUCAGAGAGGUUUUCGCUUUGCAUUUCACUGUGUCUGCUUUACUUUAAUCGAUUCAUUUGUAAUAAAAACUAAAUGAUAUAUUUUCAUACGCGAAUGUUUUGC